AUGGCAGCCAAAGCGGCGCCCAGGGAUAGAGAGCAGUAUCUUCCCCUCUAUAAUGAGAGGUGCUUGCUUAUCCGAGCUCGUCUCAUCGUUGCUAUGUGGCGGUGGAAGACUUGCUCGCGGGAAGAAUCAAAUCUCCGAACCGGUGCUAUGCAAGCUGAUGAUGGCAGGAUGAGUGCUGGGCCUCUCUACUAUGUCAGCUACCUGCUUAAGCAGGACCGGACCGGGGCGGACGUAAUUGCGUGGGGGUUAAUUCAGCUGCAAGGAUCAUGA